CGGAUUCUCAAUAUUAUCCAAGCUGCAUUAAGGGAUGAUAAAGAUGCAAAGUCUUCUCAAACGGCCUCCAUUUAUACUCAAUACCUGAAGACUAUUUUUUCUCAAAUAAGCUUAUGGAAUAUACAGAAAAGCCGGAUAGAAUUUUGGUUAUGCAUGGAUCAAAUUAUGUUAAUUGAUUCUGAUGACAUAACUCCCAACUUUAGCGAAUCGCCAAAAGUUGAAAGUUUAAAAAAUGCGGUUAUUAAUUGGCUCUGGGAUGAAAUAAUAUUAAAAAAAGAAAUCGAUUGUGGUUUUUUGAGUAAAAUGAUUAAAGGGAUAAGGGAAGAUGUUAGUAUUGAGUUAUUUGAAAAAGGACUUUGCAUAUUGAAAAAAUGUACAGAGUUAGUUUCCGGAAUCGAAGAAAUUUUUAGAUCACUAUUGCAUCCACUUAAUGCCUGGUUCGAUAAAAAGUUAAGUUUUUGCGAUGCUUUGCUAAAUCAAAUUAAGAAAAUUCAAGAAGAUUUUCCGAAUGAUCCCAAUUCUAUGCAGCUUCAAUUUGAAAAUCAAGACAAUGUUUAUGUGUCCAGCAUAAUUUCCCGUGUCAAAUUAUUGGUGCUUGGAGCACACACAUUGACUAGUCGUGUAACUGAAGUUGUUACUGUAACUAAUCAGGCAAUCGUGCGUCAAAUUUCGGAAUAUAUCCUGAUAGAGAAAUUGUUUGUGACAUUGGUGAAUUUAUUAUGUGAUUCGCGUAUUCAUCUGAAUGGUGGCGGAUCGGCACAUUUUGAUCUAAUAUUAGAUCUUGUAUCGUUUUUGCUUGAUGAGAUGGGAAAAAAUGCGCGGCUGUUUUUAAUUGCAGAAUUAAAGCAACCCAGCCAGCAACGUCAUAAAAUUGAUAAUAUCCCAGCAAUAUGGAGUAACAGGAUAAAUCGUGUGCUCCCCUUCAUUUUUGUUCAAGAAACAAUAGGAGAGGGUGAAGAGAGUCAUACGAUAGAACCUUGGAAAAUGAUUGAAGGAUUGGGCGAAGAUGAUGACCUCACUAGUUCACCUAUUGAUUUGUCAUGGUAUAAUGCGAAAGUUUAUCCGCGGCCUAAUAAAAGAUUAAAAAGA